AUGUUUAAAAAGUUACUUGUUGUUUUAAUAUUUAUUACUUUAUGUAAUUCAAUGAUUACAUUUGCACAAGAUUCAUCUUCAUCAUCAGAUAUCAACCCAAAUUCAUAUUGUAUUGGUAAAACUCAAGCAGAGUGUUACUCAGGUAAUGCAUGUUGUGUAUGGUGCGCAAAUAAAACUGAAGAUAGUUUAAGCUCAACCUCUUCAGUUGGUAUUUGUCAUUAUGUACCAGAAGAAACCACUACAACUUGUGUCGAAAAAAUGUGUCCAGCUAAAGAUUAUUACCAAAUUGAAACAUGUUCAUGCAAUUAUAGAAGUGAUUCAAAUACUCUUUCAGUACCAUUAUUUUUAACCUUCUGUUUAUUAAUUUCUUCAUUAAUUUUCUCAUAUAUCAAAAACUAA